GAAUAGAUAAAUCGUCUUCCGCUGAAAACAGUCACGCCAAAACCAAAUCGCAGUUCCUAAUAUCCAAGUGGUAAAUACGAUAAGAGACCAAUGAUAAACCAAUGGCAGAUAGACUGUGUUUUGGAAAUUUAAUUAAAUAUACAAUAUUAUCCCAUGGCCGAGUGGUUCCCAAUAAAAGCCCUGGACGACGUGGAACGGUCAUCAGUCGUAAACGCGCAUUCAUCAUGAAGUACUUCAACCUGCUGCUCAGCCUCUGCCUGGUGUUCAUGCUGUGCUCCUCGUGGGUCGCAGCCUUCUCCAGCCUUUCUCCUCCGGAACCAACUCCGCCGACUGGCUCCCCCGGCGAUGGUAGCUCCACUGGCUUCCCCGGGCCCCCGUCUGCUGAGACCACAAAUCCCUCGCCAGAGGUUACCACCAUCUAUCCCAUUUACGGAUAGAGUCAUCGUUGAUUAAUGAAUUAAAGCUUAAACUGCAAUUAUA